ACUGCUUUUGUGGUGUGCACAAGAAACAGGAACUGAAUGCAUAUACAGCCAUGCCUUGUGAUGUUCGAGGCAAGAGGGGGGGGAUGUAAAGACGUGCGGGUUAAUAAAGCACCCUUCAUUUGCUGAUGAAGUACUGAUGUAGCAGUGGGCAGUCUUGCUUUAAGACAUGUGAUCUGACUCACUCUCAGCUCUCUCUCUCUCUCUCUCUCCCUCUCUCUUUCCAGCUGGGCUACAUUGUGAUACAAGCAAAACACACAAGCUCACUCACACACACACUCACUCUACCUCUCUGACACACAGACUCUACUUAGUGCGCUGGAGAGAGCACUGAGGCUCACACUAUCAGCACAGCUUCUCAAUGGGGGGACGCAGCCAAGAGCAGACAGAGCAGUCAUUUCGCCAGAACCUUCCGCCACACGCGUGAGAAAGACCGGAGAAGUGAAAGAAAGAGGAGGGUAAAUUAGCUCCCUGUCAUCACAGCUCUGGAGUUCUGGUGACGGAGAGCAGAGUCUGGCUGUAAAGGGAGCAGAAAAAGAGAUGUGAACUCCUGUGGCUGACAGAGCAGUGACAUGAUCAGCCUCUCCAUCCCUCCAAUCCUCACCACUUUGUGACACUGACCCCCCUUGGUGAGCUGCUUUUGCUGGCUGUUUGUGUUGCCAUUAAGGGAUUCCAGAAAGUGAAAACUGUACAGCAGGUGGUCCACGGCGGGGGAUUAUCGCGCAAGGAGGAAAAAGAGCAGCAGUUUUGGUGCCUUUUGUGACUUGGUUAGGUGCUGGAAUUUCAGUGGGAACCCCUGUCUUGAAAGUUAUGGAUGGAUUUACCACAGAAGAGUGAGUCUGCUGGGCUGACGGCGGGCACCCAGUGAUUCUGACCGGGCUUCAGUUUUUCCAUUUAACUCACUGCACAGACUCUGCCUCACCAUGUCCUGGCUGUUGCCCAUGUGGAUUAGCCUCGGCUUCCUGUUGUUGUGCCAGGCCACCCUCUACCAGACGAUCCAGCAGCACUAUGUGGCACGACCCGGGCGCACAGACAUCCUUACCCUGGAGGGAGGUACGUGCGAGGUGAUUGCUGCCCACAGAUGCUGUAAUAAGAACCGCAUCGAAGAGCGUUCACAAACUGUCAAGUGUUCCUGUUUACCAGGGAAAGUGGCCGGGACAACACGCAACAAGCCCUCCUGUGUGGAUGCAUCAAUCGUAAUUGGAAAGUGGUGGUGUGAGAUGGAACCGUGUCUGGAGGGAGAAGAGUGUAAGACUCUGCCUGACAACUCUGGAUGGAUGUGCUCCUCUGGGAACAAAAUCAAGACCACGAGGAACACCCAGCCAUACUCCCCUUUUUAGCUUCUGGAAGCAAAAUGCAGAAGACGUGACAACAGCAAACAAGCUGCAUUCUUGCUUCUGUAAAGAUUCAUCCCAGGACCUAACAGAGAGUUCCUUCAGCAGUGCUACGUGCCAGGCUCUCCCCCUUCAUCCACCCUUUUCCUUCCCACCAAAUGGACUAGAACUAUUACAUCCACCGGUACUGACUGGAUUACCUGGGACCACAGGAAGGAUCUCCACCUAGAGAAAACAGACUUACUCAUCUGGUGCCAAGGAUUUGAAACCAGACUAAUCCCCUGUUUGAUCAAUGAGCUCCACAUUGGUGACUCCUCUUUACCAGACUGCGGCCACUUCCUUUAUCUUUCUCUCUCAACCUAUCCAUCUCCCACUCUAUUCUCACUUUGCCUCAACCCUCAAAAGUGAAACAGCUCAGCAGGUGUUGUUCGGAGGUUGUUAAAACAUUAUUUGAAGACGUUCGCCCAGGCUGCCUGCCUGCCUGAGGCAAAGUGGUUUGUGGAACCUACAUGGACCUGAACAUGGGAGCCAUAGAACUGUGGGGGGAGGAAAUACCUCGAUUUCCUUUUAUUUCUAUGCAGAUGGCUUUUGAAUCGGACUCUCAUCUUCAGUGGGAUGGCAUUCCAACAAGGACACAAGGACGAUUUGGCUGUAACAUCACGGGAUAUUCAGCAAAUUUGACUGCUAACAGGUUGAAGAGUCCAAGAAAGCUUUUCCAGGGCCGUCAGUACAGUGUCACCUUCAAGUUCCUUGAUGGACGUUUGACCUUUUGUCCGUGGGCAUGCCCAGUGUAAAUUCAUUAGCUCUUGUUUCCUUUCUUUGUAUCAUAAUUUGUGUAUAUAAACAUAUAUAAAUACAUACAUUAGAUGACAGAUUUAAGAAGAUGAGCCUUUAAACACAUGCCCCUGAAUACGCUUCAGAGGACCUUAUCGAAAUACAGUGUAGUGUAUGCUUGCAUUGGAAACAUGUCACAAUGGAAUACAAACAGUGAGUACUGGUCCGUUUUCACCAUCCAGCAACACCAUUGGUUUUAAUCUUGUAGUGGAAAAGGUUGUUUUGAACUGCUUCACAAAGGAAGCAGCACUGACGAAGACCCCCCCCCCACCUUUGCUCCUAGCUCCUAGAAAAAAUUGAGACCAUCGUCGAACACCUAGCAUCUGUCAGUGCUGUGGACAUGGUGGUCAUGGAUUGAACUGCUUUGCUGUGUUUGCUGUGCCCCUUCAACACUAGAGACAGAUGAUUUAUUCAAAGUGUCAGUGAGAAAGUAUUAGUCACAGUGGAAAACAUACAGUUAUCUACCCUGUAGAUACAAGUACAUUACAGGACAGCCUUAUGAGAAAUAAAUAUGGUUUUCUAUACUGAUUCGCUGCUUCCCACUUCUUUACAUGAUAACCGGUAUUUUGAAAAAUGUUCUUCUUAUCGCAAUUUGAUAUGUUGAAACACUUGACAUGUGGGUGAAAGAUCUUGUCAAGUGUUUCAUUUGUAUGAUGUGUUACAGUGUGUGCAGA